AUGGAUGACUUUAUCGACAUGGAAGCCUCGGCCAUCCGCGCCUCGUCGCCCUCCCCGUCUCUCUCCCCAACACCCGCCAUCUCCUCAUGCCCAUCCCCAGACCGGACCUUCUCCACGGUCUCCUCGCACUCGACCUCGUCCGCCACCUCCGCCGACGCCCGCUCCUCGGUGUCCAUCUCGACCAAGAGACGCGGAUACAUCCGGCCCCAGGGCGCCGAAUUCGCCGACUCCGCGCGCCACCGCGAAAGCGUCAUGAGUUUGGGCAGCAUCGCCCACCUGCAGUACUACUUCGCGCGCACGGGCCUGCUCGACGGCAAGGGCGGCCACGCGCGGGAAUACAAGAAGAAGAAGAAGAAUCCGGAAGAUCGGGCGCGGAUGCUGCUGACGCCCAACGCGCGGUUCAUCGACGACAUCUCGGACAGUGCGACCACCGAUGAGGAGAUCUCGGAUGUGGGGGAAGAUGGGUUCGACGGGCAUGAUGAGAUGAUGCUGCCGCCGACGGUCAGCACGUAUAGCAUUAAGACUCACUACAUUCCCCCCCCGCCGGAUCUGAUGACGCUACGGAGGGACUUGGUGCAUUCGCUCGAUAAGGCGAAGCGGAAUAUUGAUGAUAUCGUCGCGCAGAAGGGUCUACCUCCGGAUAUGAACCCGCCUCGCAUCAGUCUGUCGCCCGAUGGUGCUCCUAGCGCGGAUGAGGAGUCCCCCUCCAGCAAGCCAGCGCAGCCCAUCUCGCAGCGUCUGCAUGAGAUCUACGGUCUGCGGAUUCUGGACGUCGUCACGCUCGCGAUCCGCGCGGCAAAGAUCUACUACACGACCCACGAGCGGCCCGAGCGACUGGCAUCCAUCCGGAGCGAGCGGGAGAUCCGACAGGAUCUGUUCAACGUCCUAGAGGUACUGAAGCGGUGGGCGUCGCGCAACUUCGCAGGCGGGCUCCGCGAGGACGAGCUGUCCUCGAUUCGAGGCUGGAUGUCAAGCGUGCACGACCUUCUAGCACAAGAGUCCCAGCUCGAGGCGGCAGAGGCCAAAGAACGCGAAGGGUGGACCUGGGCCCGGGGCGACUGGAGCGGGCGCGAGCGCGAGCGCGAGGAAGCCUUCCUGCGCAGUCUGGUUGAAGACACCGACAGCCCUCUGCCAGUCUGGACCGCCCCAGAGGACGGGCCCCUCCCGACGCCGCUGCUGGAGCGCUUCCGCGACGGGCGAGAACUCGUGCGCGCGCACAACCAGGCGAUCCGCAAGUCGAAGCGCCAGUUCUGCGAGAUCAAGAAAUACCACCAGGAUGUCGCGAAGCCGUACCGCUGCGCUGAGAAUCUCCGCUUCUGGGUCAAGGCCGCCGAGAUCCGGUGGGAGACGAAGCUCAAGAUGGACGUGAUGGGCGUUGUCAAUGGCGGCGAUGAUGACGCCUGGAGAAAAUUCGAUGCAGCGCUCUUGCGUUGGUGUCAUGCGGUGCGCGAGGAGUUGACGCGCGACUGGCAGGAGCCGCAGAGCGUUGCAGAUGCGGGUGUUCCUGCUGACAGUAUGGCAGUUUGA